ACUGAGAAAACAAAACAAAGGGGGAAAAAAGAAAAGAAGAAUAUAAGAAAAUGAAGGAGGAAACAAGCGACAUCUUCACGAAAUGGUUUACGGUGUAAUAGAGGAAGCUACCUGGAUCAGAAUGCCGGCUGUUUAAAGAAGCAGGUGUUAGUUUUCACUCGCGCGCGCCUUCGCCCUCGCCAUCGGUGUCGGUAUACAGUGCGCAGUGGACGCAUUAUGGGCUCGGUCACGUCGGCUCUGACCAGAACCCGCAACACGCUGGUGAAGGUGGGAUCGGAGCCGCCGCGCGAGGCGAACCCGGACCCAGAGCCGCACGCGGACGGAGAUUCGGGUCACGCGCGGCGCACGAGCGUCCGCGGAGUUUUCCCGGGCCGGCGCGGGAACAAGGCGCGCGCCAAGGCGUCAGCACCCGAGGUGCCGCACGCGCAGGAUGGAGGUACCGAGGCGCAAACGCAGAGCACAACAGAAGGGGUGGCUAAUGAAGAUGGAGAAAGCAACAGCAGGCCACCGGCGACGUUUGCACGUUCCAAGUCCCAGAAUGCCUUGUGGAACGCCAUCACAUCAGGGUUGGGAGUCAAGGACAAGGUCAAGAGUCAGAGGAGCAUUGCAGACGACCCACGUAGCCCGGAGGAGAUACUGGCUGAGGAGUUUCCAUCUGUAGACAGUCCAGAUGCUACGGAGAAAGCCGCCAUCAGAUUGCGGUGUUUGGUGAAACAGCUGGAGAGAGGAGAAGCAUCCCUGAUUGACCUGAAGAAGAACCUCGAAUAUGCAGCCUCGGUCCUCGAGUCCGUCUACAUCGAAGAGACGAGGCGACUGGUGGACACAGAGGAUGAGCUCAGCGAUAUCCAGUCGGACUCUGUACCAUCAGAGGUUCGUGAUUGGCUGGCUUCCACCUUCACACGUCAGAUGGGGCUGAUGCUGAGACGGACGGAGGAGAAGCCGAGAUUCCGCAGCAUCGUCCACGCUGUGCAGGCUGGGAUAUUCGUGGAGAGAAUGUACAGGAGGACUUCCAACAUGGUGGGCUUGAGCUACCCUGCAUCUGUCAUUACUGUGCUCAAGCAUAUAGACAAGUGGACUUUCGAUGUCUUUGCUUUAAAUGAAUCAAGUGGUGACCACGCACUGAAAUUUAUCUUCUACGAACUUCUCACCAGAUAUGAUCUCAUCAGCCGAUUCAAGAUUCCCAUCUCAGCUCUGGUGUCCUUUGUGGAGGCGCUGGAAGUGGGAUACAGCAAGCAUAAAAACCCGUAUCACAACCUCAUCCACGCUGCAGACGUCACACAGACCGUACACUACUUAAUGCUCAAGACUGGCAUGGUGCACUGGAUGACGGAGCUGGAGAUCUUCGCUCUAAUCUUCGCUGCUGCAGUACACGACUACGAGCACACUGGAACCACAAAUAACUUCCACAUCCAGACCAGAUCAGACACAGCGAUCCUGUACAAUGACCGCUCGGUGCUGGAGAGUCACCACGUCAGCGCAGCGUAUCGUCUCAUACAGGACGACGACGAGAUGAACAUCCUCUACAACCUGUCCAAAGAUGACUGGAGGGAGUUCAGGGCUCUGGUGGUGGAGAUGGUGUUGGCGACAGACAUGUCAUGUCAUUUCCAACAAGUCAAAGCCAUGAAGAACUUCCUCCAGCAACCAGAGGGAAUUGACAAACCUAAAGCACUUUCUCUGGUCUUACACACUGCUGAUAUCAGCCAUCCAGCCAAAAACUGGGACCUUCAUCACCGCUGGACCAGCUCCCUGCUGGAGGAGUUCUUCAGACAGGGUGAUAAAGAGGCAGAACUGGGGUUGCCCUUCUCCCCACUGUGUGAUCGCAAGUCUACCAUGGUGGCUCAAUCUCAAAUUGGAUUCAUCGACUUCAUUGUCGUCCCCACGUUCACUGUCCUCACAGACAUGACGGAGAAGAUUGUCACACCGCUCAUCGAUGAGGCAACACACUCCAGCCUGGGCGGCUUUCGCAGGUCGAGUCUCAGCAGCAUUUCCACAGCAGAAACCAAGCAGGUGAACAGCCCGGCCUCGGAGAGCAGCACUUCCCACAACUGCUCCCUGCUAGCCGUUGACCUGAAGAACUUCAAGGCCAUCUGGAACGAGCAAGUUCUUCAGAAUCGUGAACGGUGGAAGGCUCGUGCUGCCAAGGAAACAGAGGAGAAGGCUAAACGUGAGGCUGAGGAGAGGGCUCAGCAGGAGGCAGGCCACGAGGGACAAACAGAGGCAGGGACGGACCAGUCAGUACCAAAGAGCGAGGGAUCAGGACAGGAGCCAGAGCCCGAGGGGACGACGUGCGGUCCGAGCGAGACUGAAAAUGCAAAAAGCAUGGAGGGCAACAAGCAACUACAUAAUGGUGAGGUGUCGGAGGAUGUGACAUCACCAGGAAGCAAUGAAGUUGAAGAUAAAGCACUCGGAGAGGCGGAAAAGGACUAGCAUGGCCGCUGCAUGGAGUGUGACUGCACUGUUUAGACCUCUACUUUUGCCUGCUGUUCCUGUCCUCCUGGCGCUGUGUGUGUGUGUGUGUGUGUGUGUGUGUUUGGAAGCUCCACAGCACCCUCUGCUGGAUAAAACCUGUGCUUAGACUUUUUUUUUUAGCUUCUUCUGCUUCCUUCUUCUGGAAAGGCUUUUGAUUGAUGUGACUUCGUUGACCUUCUACGAGGCAGUUCUGUUGAAAAGGUUGGUGUGUGAGGUGGCCAAGGUGGUCAGCCGCCGGGUAACUUCCUUCCUUCCAUCGAUACACUCGUCUGUCAUAAUGCCUGGACUGGCUGGGAAAUAUGCAACCAGCUGCCGUCACAUUCACUGGAUUUUGUUUUUUGAUGUCUGUUAUUUUUUAUGUCAAGAAAACAUGGAGUGCCUUCGUCUAUCCGCCGUCUCUCCGCCGCUUCUCUAUUCCUUUCUUUUCUUCUUCCUUCUGUCCUUUUCGCCAGCGUCAGCACAUUUGCUCGUCUUUUCUAUUAGAAGCAGAAGCUGACUCAGGUCGUUUCUGGUCUCUUAAUGCCUUCGCUUGAUCUCUUUUCAUUAUAAACGUUAUUUAUUUGCCGCUUCCUGACUGCUCAGCAGCCUCAAUCACAAAAGGCCAUUUUUUCCCAAUUUGCCAGCUGCUUCAAUUGCACCACAUUACGCGAGGAACUCAAGUAGAGAGAUUUAAUGCAUUUAUUUAUAUACAUUCGUCAGAGAAACUUACCAAACAGAACAUUUUUGCCUAAUUAAUAUUUGUUGCCUUAAUAAUAAAUAAUGUUUAUACGUUACUUGUAUUUUUAAAAAUUGCACACCAUCUACGACUAGAAUGUCAAAGUGACCGGACAUGUCCCAAUCUCGAAGGCAAAUGACACAACGAGACAAAUAGUCAGCGACAUGGUAGUGGGUGUGGCCUGACACGAACCAGACUUACUGGUAUACUACCCUGAGGAAAAGUUUUUAUUCCUUUUGUAACUCUUAUAAUACAAUUUGCCAACGCUAUCAAUUAUACAACAGUUCGUCACUACUUAUAUCCAUAUAAUAUUAACAAGUGGAAAACUACUGACUCUUACAAAGCACUGACACUGGAGACUCCUUCCAUAAAUAAUGAAUCCUAAUCUCUUUAGAAAACAGUUCACCAUAUCAACAUGAAUUAAUUUACCUUAGCACAUCAUGACACUCCAAGAAAGUCCCACUAAAAUGCUCUCCAGAAAAGGUCCUAUCAUGAGAUUUGAUAUAUCAUGAUAUCGAUAGUAUUUCCCAGCCUUGUUUUCAUUCAUUUCAAAAACUCAGUAGCUUUGACUUAUUAAAAUUAGAAUGAUUAAAUGACCUGAAUGUCGGAAAAACCUUAAUAAACUUACUAAAAAAAUAAAAAAUAAAAUAAAUAGUGGGUCACUCCACAGGACAGCCGGUCACAUGACAUGACAGUCAGUCACACCACCCAAGAGUGGGUCACUCCACAGGACAGCCGGUCACAUGACAUGACAGUCAGUCACACCACCCAAGAGUGGGUCACUCCACAGGACAGCCGGUCACAUGACAUGACAGUCAGUCACACCACCCAAGAGUGGGUCACUCCACAGGACAGCCGGUCACAUGGCAUGACAGUCAGUCACACCACCCAAGAGUGGGUCACUCCACAGGACAGCCGGUCACAUGGCAUGACAGUCAGUCACACCACCCAAGAGUGGGUCACUCCACAGGACAGCCGGUCACAUGGCAUGACAGUCAGUCACACCACCCAAGAGUGGGUCACUCCACAGGACAGCUGGUCACAUGACAAUACAGUCAAACCACACAAGAGUGGGUCACUCCACAGGACAGCCGGUCACAUGACAAUACAGUCAAACCACACAAGAGUGGGUCACUCCACGGGACAGCUGGUCACAUGACAUGACAGUCAAACCACACAAGAGUGGGUCACUCCACAGGACAGCCGGUCAUAUGACAUGACAGUCAGUAGCAUCGUAGGUCCGUCAGUCACAUGUCAGGACAGGUGGUCUCACAGCAGGACAGUCAGUCUCAAAGGAGGACAGUCAGUUACACCACAUGACAGUCGGUCACACAGCAGGACAGCUGUACCAAAGGAGUCAGUCAGUCACAACGCAUGACAGUCACUCCGAUGACAUGAUCGUUACACUGCAUGAGUCAGUCCCACCACAUGCCAGACACAUACACCCCAUGAUAUUGAGUGGCACCACAGGAGAACUGCCACACAUUAGGACUUAUUCCUACAACAGGAAAGCCAAAGUGUCUGCUUGUCCAGUUAUUUUCUAUUUAACCCCAUACAUGUUGAUUCCCCUUUACGUGGUAUCACAGUCAGUAACACUGCAGGACAGUCAGUCGCACCACAUGACUCUGGGUUGCACCACAGGACAGCAGGACAGUCAGUGAUUCAACAGGAAAGUCAGUUGCUUGACAGGACAGCCAGUCAUACUACAUGACAGUUACAUCAGGCAAGAGUGGGUCGCUUCACAGGACAGUCGGUCAUAUGACAUGAUACUCAGUAACACCACACAAGAGUGGGUCUCUCCAUAAUACAGCGGGUCACACGGUAUGAUAGUCAGUCACGCCACACAAGAAUGGGUUGCUCCACAGUAGGUCACAAGAUAGGGUCAACAAGAGUGGGUCUCUCCUCUCUGGGUUGCACCACAGGACAGCAGGACAGUCAGUGGCUUAAUAGGAAAGUCAGUUUCUUGACAGGAGAGCCAGUCACACGACAUGACAGUAACCUCACACAAGAGUCGGUCUCGCCAUAAUACAGCCGGUGAUAUGAUAUGAUGGUCAGUUACACCACACAAGAGUGGGUCUCUCCACAGGACAGUCGGUCACAUGGCAUGACAGUCAGUCUUACCGGUCUUUCACCACAUGACAGUCGGUCACACGGCAGGACGGCUGUACCAAACGAGCCCGUCAAUCACAGACAAGGACAGUCAGUCACACCACAUGCCAGACACUUACACCCCAUAAUAUUCAGUGGCACUACUGGACACACAUUAGGACGGUCAUUCCUACAACACGAAAGUGAAAGUGUCUACUCAUCCAGUUACACAUAAACGCUUAACAACAAUUAUAUAUAUAAAUAUAAAUAUAUGAUAGCUGUAAAUAAGAUGUAGAUAUUAACCAUACCACUGUGCAGUGUCGGCAAUAUCUACCAGUCACCUUUCUGAGACUCUGUUAUGUGAAAUACCUCUUUUCUUCUUCUUUCAUCAUGCUGGUAGUGUUCCCUGUUAUAGACUCACUGACCUCUCCUGACCUAUCCUCUCUGCUGUAUAAUACUUUCCAAAAAAAAUUAAUUAUGCAUUUAAAAACAACUGCAACGUCGUAAUAACCUGCGGGCCUGAUUCCUGCGACCCUUCGUGCUCAUUUGUGGUUUCCUACAUUCACUGUGUGUCCUUUUUAUUUCUGUACUUGCCCCAAAUUAGCAUCUGUAAAUAAAUGUAUAGUUUAGUUGGAUAUUUUAUUUUUAUUUGUAUACUGUACACACAUAUUACUAAAUGUAUGUAUAUUUAUGUUUUUUUGUCCCCCCCCCUUCCUCUUCUGAGUUAAAUGAACAAAAAUGUUAGCACUUAACGCGGACGAUGAAAGAUAACUGUUUUUGUUUUGUUUUUUUUUAAGAGAAAAUGGUUCUAGUGUUUCUACUGAAGUCUGUAAUCUGAAUGGAGGUGAAUUGCAUUUAACACGGAUCUUGUGAUCUCAUACCAAGAGUUUACCGCAAAAGAAAGAACAAAUUCGGUUGAGACGAUGCGAGCGAGCGAGGGUUCGAGUGAAACGAGUGUUGGGGUUCGACUGGAACGUCUGCUUUGCGAUGCUUUUAGAAAACCAGGUCGAUUGUUUUGUUUGUCAUUGUGGAUUUGUACUACGUGUUUAAUAAGCGGUAUGUCUCCUCUGUGUACACACACACACACACACACACACACACACACACACUAAACGUCGUCCUGUGUGUCUGAAGCCUCACAUGAUGCCCUAUAAAAGCAAACCGCAGUAACUAUACCAGAAAAAUAUGACAGUUUGUUUAUUUGGGUCAUAAAAACUCAAAACCAGGGCACUGGGAUAUUGAUAGUUCAUGGUUAUUGUAUAAGUUCAUAUAUAGUACAUAAGAAAUUAAUAAUCACUCUGGGGACAUGCUGUUAUAGGAAAAUAAUCAAUAAUACAGCAAUUUGACAACUAUUCCAAUUAAAGAUUUUUUUUAUCCUUUUAUAACUGCAUUAUAAACAUCUAUUAAGCCUGUUAUUACUUAGUUAUAGCAGUUCUGCUUCUUCUUUUUCUUCUUCCGGCUUUUCCCUUCAGGGGUCUCCAAAGCGAAUCAUCUCUCUCCACCUAUCCCUAUCUUCUGCAUCCUCAACACUUGCACCCACUAGCUUCAUAUCCUCAUUUAUUACAUCCAUAUACCUCCUCUUUGGCCUUCCUCUUUGCCUCCUGCCUGGCAGCUCCAUGUCCAAUAUUCUCCUACCAAUAUACUCACUCUCCCUCCUCUGGACAUGUCCAAACCAUCUUAAUCUGGCCUCCAUAACUUUGUCCCCCAAACGUCCAGCAUGAGCUGUCCCUCUGAUGUACUUGUUCCUAAUCCUGUCCAACCGUGUUCCUCCCAAAGAGAACCUCAACAUCUUCAGCUCUGACUCCUGUCUCUUCCUCAUAAACCCUACAUCAUGGCCGGUCUCACCACUGUCUUGUACACCUUCCUCUUGAUUCUCGCCGAUAUUUUUCUAUCACACCGAACUCCCGACACCUUUCUCCACCCAUUCCAAGCUGCCUGCCCUCGCUUCUUUACCUCUUUCCCACACUGUCCAUUACUCUGGACUGUUGACCCUUAAGAACUUAAACUCCUGUACCUUCUUCACCUCUUCACCCUGUAAUCUUACUGUUCUACUUCCCUCCCUUUCAUUCACACACAUGUACUUAGUCUUACUACGACUGACACUUAGUUAUAGCAGUUAAUGAAAAGAAAAAAAACGCAAAAAUCAUCUCUAUUCCGGUGUCUGAAAAUUAUUGACUGCUACUAACAGACGCUUUGACACUGGAGACUUCUUCACUAAACUAUAACACAUAUUUUUAGCACACUGGAUCAUCUUUUUAUAAUUUAAGAAAAUCCACAUCAAUUUGUAUGUAUAAUUGUAUAAUGUAUAAUUCUUUUAACAGGCAUUUUUUCCUAAACAGAUGUUUUUCCUAAACAGAUGUUUUUCCUAUACAGACAACGCUCUAAAUUGUAGUUACUGUAUUUAGCUUUUUUAAAGGCAGCACUGAUGAUUUUCCAGCUCUGACACAGAUACCAAACUUGUCAGCAAUUAUUUAAUCAAUAUUUAAAUGAGAGAUGAUGUUAGAGCUAGAAAUAUCAGCAAACCAUCCAGGACCUCCACAUACACUGGCAUUCAGGUUUAGCCCUUACAUAUAAGCCAUUAAUUCAUAAAAACUGAGAUUUGUUGUGAGUUUGGGAUUCAAAUUUAAUGAAUCAAUGAAUCGAGCAGUCAAUGAAUCGAAUGAAAUGAACCAGAAUCAAUGAAUUGAGUGAAAUGAAUCAGAGUCAAUGAAAUGAAUCAGAGUUAAUGAACUGAAUGAAAUGAAUCAGAGUCGAUGAAUCGAAUGAAAUGAAUCAGAGUCAAUGAAUCAGAGUCAAUGAAAUGAAAAGUAAGGGGUAAAAAUGGCUGUCAUGUGUGAGGUUGUCCACCAGGGGGCAUUGUGUUUAUAAGGCGGAGGCUACAGAAAUGAAAACUCUUACAAAUACACCACCUACUGUUCAUGUACUACAUACAUGUUAUGCAAACAUUUAUCCUGAGUGAGUGUGUGUGUGUGUGUUGCUACAUGAACACACACACAUACACAUAAAGGUAUUUAUUGCAUGUGUGUAUAGUAUGUCUGGGUACUAAAUGCUACGCUUCUGCAAGUAGUGUGUUUGUGUAUGCAAUUGUAUCAUAUGGACAAGUGAGUGUGUGUGUGUGUGUUGUGGACACCUGGCCUUACAAAGCACUUCAGAUAUUCUUAGCAUUUAUCAUAAUGUCUCACAUGCAUGGUGGUCUGUGGUCUCUACACUACACGGUGAUGUAAUUUGGGACAAUUCUGCAAAAAAUGUGUGUGUGUGUGUGUGUGUGUGUGUUUGGCGUGUUACCUACACUAAACGUUCUGCUUAAAUACCUGUAUGUAAAAUGGCACAGGUGAAUGUUCGCGCAUAUGUAAAAGCCUGUGUGUGUGUGUGUGUGUGUGAGAGAGAGAGAGAGAGAGAGA